AUGGAUAUCGAAUCGCAAUUGAAAUGCCUGAUCGAUGAAAAGAGGACAGUUGAAAACGAAAACAUGCACCUCAAGAACAUUAUUCAAUCCCAAACCGACGAAAUCUACAACCUUAAAGUCUCUAAGUUAAAUUCAAUGAAGGAAAUAGAUGACCUUAAAAAGGAGCGUGAUAUCCUAGUCAUCCAGCUUCAAACCUACAAGGAAGAUUUCAGCCUAGAGAGGAAGGAUAGAGAAAGUGCUCAGAGCAAAAUAAUUGAUCUGGAAAGGGACUUAUUAAAUAUGAAACAAAAGUACCAGAAUUUGGUGCCAUCAGCGAGAAUUCCUCAAACAACUCGACGAAAUAUUGAAGAAUCUUUAUCAAAUGAUAAUUGCAACUCGGCUAUGUUUAACAAUGGUGGAAUCAGCAAUAAUAAUAUUGUCAAUUAUGACAAUACAUCCGAUGAUCUCAAUUCUUUCAGCUUCCUUACCAACACUAAUCCAAGUGGUUGUGGAAUAUGUGAGAACCCUUCUCCCAACAGACGUCGUCCGGUUUUCGAAACAGAUAAUGGCGUUAAUCCCAACAGUCAAAUCGUUAAAAUAGUUAAAAAUCAGCCGUUGAAAUGUACACAGAUAACGCCGAACGAUUUCGUCAUUCAGGAUAGCCGUAACUCGACCGGUAUUUCGAAUCUGUUUUCAAAGUUUUGCCACAAGAAACCGGUUUACGAACCGUUUUGCUUUGUUGAAGAUGGAAAUAACUUCAGAGAGCCGUAUUUACAAAAGAAAAUACAGACUCUAAAGUCAAGAUCUUUAAUUGACGAUAGGGCAAACCGCAUAGACACCGACAAUCAUUCUUCAACUACUGCUAACCUGCAGAAUAACAUUUCCGACAACGAAAUGUCUGCAUUCCUAGGAAACAACAACAUGUCAAAAUUUAAUUUAUCAAGCUCUGAUGAAUCCGUCAUGCAUUGCUACGCCACACCCUUCAAAUCAGCAGACACUCAUUCCAAAAACCAUCCCGAGAAAUUUGACGGAUGCCCCCAAAAUAAGCCGACAUCGCAGCAACUACAACCGGCAUCUUCUUCAGUUAAGAAUAUAGACAAAGUUUCGUCUUUUGCUGAUAUUCCGAACGAUGAAAUACUGCAAUGCCCUGGUUGCUCGAAAAAGUUCCAUAUUUCUAAGCAUUUCGAUUUGAUUUUGCACAGUGAUGAAUGCACUGGUUAA